AUGGCUGAUGCUUCGAAGGAGGGGACACUGACCCGAUUCCUGGACUUUGCCCAGCUGGUGGACAUGGCCUCCGAGUCCGUGGGAGGAAAGAUUUUAUUUUCAACAGACGACUUCUUUGCUCCUGCAGAAAACCUCAUAAAGAGCGACGACCCAAGCUUUAAAGAGCGCGAGUACACAGAGUUUGGGAAAUGGAUGGACGGAUGGGAGACCAGGAGGAGACGGACCGCAGGUCACGACUGGUGUGUCAUCAGCCUGGGGAUUCAGGGAGUCAUCCGCGGCUUCGACGUGGACACCUCUUACUUCUCAGGAAGUCAUGCCCCUCGCAUGUCCAUCCAGGCAGCCAACCUGGAGAAAGGUGUGUGGGGGCCACGUCCCCAGGGGAGGGCUGUGGGUGAGGGGCCCCUGGGCCAUUUACGUGUCUCUUGCCAGCUAAAAUCUGACGACUGGAAUUCCCUGGUUCCUAUGACGGAGCUUAAGCCAGGAAGCACUGCUUCCAGCCACAACUACUUCCUGGUCAACUCCCAGCAGAGGUGGACUCACGUGAGACUCAACAUCUUCCCAGAUGGGGGGAUUGCGCGCCUUAGAGUAUAUGGUACUGGACAGAAGGACUGGACUGCAACCGAUCCCAAAGAUCCGGUAGACCUGGUGGCCAUUGCCUUUGGGGGUGUCUGUGUAGGAUUCAGCAAUGCACAUUUUGGGCACCCAAACAAUAUGAUAGGAGUUGGUGGGCCCAAGUCCAUGGCAGAUGGCUGGGAGACUGCGAGACGGCUGGACAGGCCUCCGGUGUUAGAAAAUGACAAGAAUGGCCUUCUCCAGGUUCAGGGUUGUGAGUGGGCAGUUUUCCGGCUGGCACAUCCUGGAGUAAUAACUCAAAUUGAAAUCGACACCAAGUAUUUUAAAGGCAGUUCUCCCGACAGCUGCAAAGUGGACGGGUGCAUCCUGACCACCCAGGAAGAAGAAGACAUGGUCAAGAAAAAGUGGAUUCUUCCAGCCCAUAAAUGGAAGCCCCUUCUCCCCAUCACCAAGUUGUCCCCCAACCAAAACCACCUGUUCGACAGCCUGACCCUGGAGCUCCAAGACGUCAUCACUCACGCGAGGUUCACCAUCUUCCCGGAUGGAGGCGUGAGCCGCCUUCGACUCAAGGGCUUCCCCAGCUCCAUCUGCCUGCUGCGGCCCCGGAGGGAUCCCAGGAUGAGGUUCUCAGUUAAAACGGGUUUUAAGGCAAACCUUUAA